CACUGUGAAUGAGGAUUUCCUAAUUGUUGUUUAAAUCAAACCAGUUAUGGCGAUCACAAAAUUCGUGAUUAUUUUCGCUUUCAUUGGCUGCAUUACAUCGGAGGACCUGGAAAACCAUGGUAUAUUAAAUGAAGCAUGUUCAGACGACAUCCAGGCACUGAGAAUGGAGUUAACGGCAUUGAGAGAGGAGGUCCUUCACCAGAAAGAGGAAAUUAAAGAACUCAAAGAGGAAGUGGCGCGAAAACCGGACAAAUGUGAGCAAAUUCAAUCCUAUCCUACUGCAGAUGAGACCGUGGAGUCUUUUCAAACUCAGAAUGAAACUCCUCACACAGAAGAAGGUUCCAACAGCUCCCAUUUGAAACAAGACAGACGAAUAAGAAGACAGGAACUGACACACCCAACAUCAGGCCGUGUACAACAAACAGCAAUGGUACCGAGAAUAGCUUUUCACGCCAAUUCUCCAAAGGACCACUCCAACCUUGCUGUUCAUCAGAACCUGAUCUUUGACAACGCCAUUACCAACUUUGGAAAUAAAUACCAUCACGCCACAGGGGUCUUCACUCCUGAUGUUUCUGGCGUCUAUGUGUUCUACGUGCAACUAGUUAUGUGUGCUACUGGGCAUAGUGUCAACACUGAACUAGUGGUAGAAGGUGUGGGGCGGGCUGGACACUUCGUAUAUAGCAAAGAAGUUUGCGCCAAUGGAGGAGGAAUGACCAUCGUCCAUGUUAAUACUGGGGACUCCGUCUGGGUUCGACUCUCAGUAUCAGAUGGGGUUAACGCUUUUGGUUGGGAAAGCAGCUUUUCUGGAUUUUUACUGUAUGAGGAUCAAUAGUAAUAAA